AUGGCGGAGCAACCGAGCGUCACCGACAUGGCCAUCUUUGACCUGUUCGACACCCCUGAAGAGGCUACAGACCACCACAACGCCAUGAACUAUUAUAGUGUCUGGCGCCAACUCCUCAAAGGCCACGAGCAGAACGACCUCAAGACGUUGCCGUACGAGGACCGUGUGUUCACCGACACCCGAGCUUACCGAGUGAACCGUAACAAUGUACGAGCUGGAAUCGAGCGUCUCGUGGAGCACAGAUCCGCCGCCGUUGCACGCCAGAAGAGGCAGGCUGCUGCUGCCGCCAGGAUUCGAGAUGGCAUUUUGGAGAAGCUCAGUACGCAGCCUGUCGGAACGACAGGAUUCGACUGGGCAGAUGAUAUGGAAGAGGCCGUGACGAUGCGAGAGAACGAUGUCGAAGGCUGGGAAGAUAGGUUCGCCUGCAACAUGGACGUCGGUGAGCCGGUGGAGUUUGAGAAUCUCUUUGUGCCCGAUGCGUCGCCGUCGGGGUGGGUCACAACCGAGGACGGCUGGCCAGAUGAGGUCGAUGAGGACGCCAACAAGAUGCACGAGAUUGAAAUGACAAACGAGGUCAUCUUUGCGGCAUACCACACCGGCAGCGACAGCAGCAACACGGCGGCAGAAGAGAUUCGUGAGAAGCACGAUCCUGCGCUUGGUGACAUUGAGUAUGAAAACACAUUUGAAAGUCACCAUAGCAAAGAUUCGGAAGACGAUGACGAGGACGAGGAGGAAGAGGUGACAUCUGAUGAGGAUCUCAACAUGGAGAGAACUCCCUCUACAGGUGAGCCCUCCAGCACAGAAACAACAAUCGAGAUCCAGGAUCUUGUAAGCCCGGUACAGAAAGGAUGCGUCGACUUACCUCUUGACGCCAAUGGUCAACUCUCGCUUCACUAUGAUGGAGCAUCAGCCCGCUGUCCAUCCGAUCCCCACCAAGCAGCUGAACAAGGUUCACUAAAGGAGCAAGCUGACAUGAGAGCUAUGAACCCGCCGAAAUUUGUUCAGGCAGUUCUCGAGAUGGCUCGCUCUGAGCUUGAAGAUACCGACGAGUUCAAGAAGCGCUUCCGCCUUCCCCUCUGCGACAAGCGCUGGGUACGCCGCGCCGUGAAGAACCACGCCGAAGAGGUGGAACGAGCUGAGCACCUCGUGAGCACAGCGUAUUGCGUCAACGGCAUGAUUCGAGGAAGAGAAAUGAAGGAAACACCGUUGAACCAGGUCAUCCUCAUGGAAGAAUGGAUGGCUGAUGACGAGGUUGGCUCUAGGACCGCUUAG